GGAGACGAUUGUGUUUAGACUCGAGUGAAGUGAGGGCUCGAGUUAGGGCUCAAUCCGUGUCUCAAAGCAAACAAACAAAACAUAUUGUGAUUGCAAUUAACAGUGCAUUCAUCGGGUGUUCAUUGGUUUGAUUGUCUCGUGCACUAAGAAGUGAUCGCUGGAACCGAUGGCUUCGUAUAUAGAAGUGGCCGAAGAGGAGGGCGAAGAGGCCAUUGAGAUCCCAUGUGAAGAGGACGCCGCCAACUCGAUAUUGUUGUCUACCCUGACCUCCCUGUUCCCGGGCGCCAGUGGUCUCAAGUAUAGGAACGCCGACACCGGAACCAUACGAGGCAUACGUCUGAUCGAUGGGCGCCUCCAACCCCCAGACCAGGGCUGGCGGUCUAAUGCCGUCUAUUACUGCGCUUUCCCUAAAGAGAAUAAGCGCAAAAUCGAUGAUCAAACGGAGACAUCGAUGGCUAAAACGAAGCGAAUGGAAGCCAAGAGUCAGCAGAAGUGUUCAGAUCUGAUAGUAUUAGGCCUUCCGUGGAAGACAUCGGAGAGUGAAUUGAGAGAGUAUUUCGAGACAUACGGAGAGGUAGUGUUGGCUCAGGUGAAGAAGGACUCGAAGAGUGGUCUCUCGAAAGGCUUUGGAUUCGUGCGCUUCAGUGACUACGAGGCGCAGAUCAAAGUGGUGUCUAAGCGGCACUGCAUCGACGGCCGCUGGUGUGAUGUCCGCAUCCCCAUCAGCAAAGAGGGUCUCGGCUUCGACUACAAGACAUCUGAGUUCAACCGCAAGAUAUUCGUGGGCCGACUCUCCGAAGACCUAUCGACCGAUGAUUUGAGGGAUUACUUCGCGAAAUACGGCGAAAUCUGCGACGUCUUCAUCCCGAAGCCGUUCCGGGCGUUCGCUUUCGUGACGUUUUACGACUCGGAGAUCGCACAGACACUCACUGGUGAGGACCAUAUCAUAAAAGGCGUGUCAGUGCACGUAAGUAAUGCCGUUCCCAAAGUGGAACUCAAUCUUCCGGGAGGUUAUAGUGGGAAGAGUGGUCACGGAAGGUAUAGUCAUUCCAGUGGUGGUAUGAAUGGAUCUCAUGUCUCGAUGAAUGCCAUGAAUAGUUCGCGUAUGAAUGAUGGCUAUGGAGUCCAUCAGAACUAUCAUUACUCACCCUUUGACACCAGACGUGCCAAUACAGGGCACCGACAGUCCAACCCUUAUAUCAAUUCCAACAGUCCUUUCGAUCGGUUCGGUCCCACUUCUAGCGGAGCAGUCGGUAGCGCACCGGCCGCUCACCAGCAGAUAUGGAGCGGCGCUUUAGGCUCUCACGUCACUCAACGCAACCAAACGAGUGAUUUACCAAAUCUCAGCUCUUUAGGCAACAGCUUAGGUAUCGGUUCCCAAAACGCACUCAACUCUAACAACAAUUCACUCAAUAAUUAUGGCAUUAAUUCCCUGAAUAUGAACCCACAGGCGGCGGCCCUACAACUGGCCGCUGCCAUAGCUAAUCAGGCGGGCAUUGCUCUGUUCGGUCAGUCCACCCAAAACCCAUCCGUCGGUAAUAACGGCGUAGAUGGGGGUCAGUCAGCAUCUAUUGGCUGGCCAUCAGGCAGUGGUGCAGGCGUUCAGAGCAAUGAUGACGUGACACAGAGUCUGUUAAGCGGCGCUCAAACCAAUGUGGCGGUCAAUGCGUCGACCACUGCUCCCCUCACUUCCCCUUAAGAUUAAGAUUAAGACACUAAAGACCUUAAGACCUUAAGUUUGACACUAAAUCUAAAAUCUCUCGUUUUCUUACUUUAUAUUUCUCAUUACUUCACUUCAAAUUGAUUUGUAUGUUUGCGACGAUUCAUAACUUGUGUAUUGAAUAUAUGUGUGAAUAAAAUGAGUGAAAAUGAAUGCAAUCCUAGUGUUGUCCACUUAUUUCAUGUCUUAACUGCUAAUUAAAAUUGGGAUGAAUUUGGUUGUGAAGUAUGUGUAUUGGAACGGAUGGGCAAUGAAUUCAUAAGUAUGUGAUGAGCUGUUGGCUGUUUGGCAGAGAUGUUAAUGAAUCACUUAGAAACUGAAAUGCUUUCAUACAAACCAAACUUAUUGAACCCUGUUUGAUGGCAAUCCAUUUGACCACAACUUCGAAACAUU